UCACACAAUUGGGAUUAAUUAUAAAGUUGGGGGCUUUCUCCAUAAGAAGUAUUUGGUCUUUCUUCUUCUGCUUUCCAAAGUUCUUAACUUUGUCCAGAUAUAUAUCAUCAAGAAAACAUUACAAAAAUGGCCAUCAGAAAAUCAAACAAGCUAUCACAAGCUGCAGUGUUGAAGCAAAUUCUAAAAAGGUGUUCGAGUUUGGAAAAGAAGCACGACUAUGAUGAUGAAGAUGGACUUCCCAUUGAUGUACCAAAAGGAUAUUUUGCAGUUUACGUGGGAAAGAACCGAACUCGAUACAUCGUACCAAUUUCUUUCUUAAUUCACCCCGAGUUUCAGUGCCGCCUUCAUUGCGCAGAGGAAGAAUUUGGCUUUGAUGACGACAUGGGCAUCACCAUUCCCUGCGAAGAAGUCGUUUUCCGAUCGUUAACUUCCAUGCUUCGGUAGUAUUAAAGUAUUUGAAAGAAGGAAAGAGUGAAUAUAGGUGUAAGGUUUUGUAGUGAAGAAGGAUGGGCUAGCUCAAUGUGAACAAUUUGGUGUUUUAUGGAGCGGCGGAGCCAGAAUUUAUACAAAGGGUGUCAAAAUCUAAAGAAGAAGCACCUCUCUGAAUGUACACUCUUCUAAUCUCAUCGCGGAGGUUUGGAUGGUAGUCCAAGAUUUAGUUCUUUAGGCCGAAUCGGAGUUUAAAGUUUCAAGAUUAAUUUGUUGUCUCUUAGAAGAAUGGAGUGGUACUUUCGAUUGGUUGCCAUCUUCGUUCAAGACUUCAAGUUAGACUGAUUAUUAGUGGCCAAAUUUGAUUUUGAUACUACAAUCUUCUUUCCAACUUAGAUUGAUUA